GUAUUCAUCAUCAUGAUUCACAUUUUUCUUAGAAGCUUCGGCAUUUCCCCGAUUCCCUCUUAUAUGUUGGCUGGUCUGAUUCUAGGGCCUCAAUUGUUCAAUCUUAGGGAGGUAUCAUCGCGGAAAUUAUCGUGGGAUCCUGCACUGGAUGGAAACGGGCCACUAAGAGGCCUCUCGGUGUGUGGAAACAUUAUGCUUGCAUUUUUGAUGACAGUCAAAAUCAGCCGUCGAUUAGCAUUCAACAACGGAUGGCUACCUAUCGUGAUCGGGGUUCUGAGUUUCAUCGUUCCUUUUUUGGGUGGCUUCUGUGUGCGAAACCUCCACACAGACAAUUUAGACCCUCAAUACUUGUCGCCGAGUAAAGUCCUUGCCGAGCGAACUGUGGUCAUCUCAAGCCAAUCCUCGAUUCUCUUACCUACGGUUGUUCAUUUCCUGUCAGAACUCAAGAUCCUGAAUUCCGAGCUUGGUCGCCUUGUGUUGUCUGCAUCCCUUAUCAAUGACAUCUUCGCUUCUAUUGUCAGCAUAGUCGCCUAUCUCGCGGGAACGUACAAGAACAUCUCCCCAAUGACAGCCUACCGUGAUCUUAUAGCGGUUAUCAUUUUGAUUCUCGUUGUCGUUUUCGUUUUAAGGCCGGUUGUAGAAUGGAUAGUAGAACGCACACCAGAAGGAAAACCUGUUGCAGAUGUGUAUGUACACGCUGCGGUUUUGAGCGUAAUUGCUUCCGCCGCAUACACCUCAUUUUUCAAUAUGAAAUACCUUUUGGGACCAUUCUUACUCGGCCUCAUCAUACCCGAAGGUCCACCUAUAGGAUCCGCCUUGGAAGCCAAGUAUGAGGCUCUCACAAUGAACGUUCUUAUACCGAUUUCAAUCACAUUCAGCACGAUGAGAUGCGACGUGAUGAAGAUCGUCUACCAAUAUGAUGACAUUGGGUACAACAUCUUCUUAAUGUUAUUUACGGGCGUUUUGAAAAUGCUGACCGGGCUGGUACCUUGCUUGUACUGCAAGAUACCACUCAAGGAGGCGAUAGCCGCUUCCCUCCUCUUAUGCUCUAAGAGUUUCUCCGAGAUAUUUCUCUACGAGUCAACAUUCGACGAUUCGUAUAUAUCACUGGCAACAUACACAUUCUUGAUCACUUGUGCGUUAAUAAACUCUGGAAUUAUCCCGACGGCUUUGGCCGGACUGUACGAUCCGAAGCGGAAGUACGUUGGUUACCAAAAAAAGAACAUCAUGAAUCUAAAACCAAACUCUGAUCUCCGGAUCUUGACUUGUGUACAUAGACCUGAGAACAUCUCUGCGGCUAUUUCAUUUCUCCAAUUAUUACCCUCCACCAUCGUGGUCACAGUCCUCCAUCUCGUGAAGCUUGUUGGCAAAAUCGUCCCCGUGGUAAUCUCACACCAGAGUAAAUCAAAACGUGUGGUGACUAACUCCUACAUCCAUACAGCACACCUUGCAUUCAGCCAGUUGGAGUCAGUGACCAUGACCAUGUUCACUGCUCUCACGCACGAGAACCUAAUGCACGAUGAAAUCUGCAAGCUCGCGUUGGAACAAGUCACAUCGAUUAUUAUCGUCCCCUCGGGGAGGAAAUGGACCAUAGAUGGGACGUUUGAGUCAGAGGACGAGGCUAUUAGACGUCUCAAUGAGUCACUACUCCAGAGUGCAUCUUGUUCUAUAGGGAUUCUCGUAGACCGUGGACAGUUCUCGCUGAGAGGAACAAGAAGAUACGAGAUCAAUGUUGGUGUGAUCUUCAUUGGAGGCAAAGACGAUCGCGAAGCACUCUCGUUGGUGAAGAAGAUGAAGCAUAACCCUAGAGUAAAAAUCACUGUGAUUCGACUCAAAUCUAGCCGAGAAACAGAAUCGACUAAUUGGGAUUAUAUUCUUGAUCACGAGGUAUUAGAGGAUCUUAAAGAUACAGAGGCAACAAAUUGUAUUGCAUAUACAGAGAGGAUUGUGACUGGAGGUCCUGAAGUAGCCACUACCGUUCGAUCACUCUCUGAGGAUUAUGAUCUUAUGGUGGUUGGGAGAGAUCAUGGAAUGGCAUCACCAGACUUUGAUGGACUCAAGGAGUGGAUAGAACUACCCGAGUUAGGUGUCAUCGGAGAUUUGCUAGCGGCUAGAGAUCUCGACUCUAGGGUUAAUGUUUUGGUAGUCCAACAACAACAACAAACGUGAAAAAUGUUCCGUUUGUUAUGUAUAAUAUAUUUAUUAGAAGAUU